CGUCAAUUAUUUGGCGGGGCCAUCACUACUGAGCUCCCUGAAGCUUUUAUUGAUGCGUCGGAUUUGCGCCAAAUACCAGAUAACCAGGAGGUUUUUCUCUCACCCGUGGACGAUGUGACGUUCAUAGUCGAAAUCCUCGAGAAAGUUGAAGAAGAUAAUCUUUUAGAGGCGGCGAAGUUCCACUUCGAUUCGCUAGCGCAUGACAAUGAUGCACAAAAUAAUAAAUCCAUAGAACAAAUAAUACCUUCGAGCGAACCCUCAACUCAGGAGCGUCCAGCUCCGAUCCUCCUCAGUGGGACCCAGCGCAUCAAAAAAUUCAACCGAACAACAGCAGAUGAUGUCCUGAUCCUUUUGGCUCUCUGGCGUCUAGACAAAUAUAACAUCGAUCUAGUGCUGAGCUGCAAUAUCCCCGUGAAGACUGACUCCCCUGAAACUACAAUCGUGGGAGCCGAGGUAAACGUAGAAGAGACGAAAUCCACGUUUGCCAAGGCAGUUGGAUCAUUCAAGAUAGUUGAUUUUGGCUUAUUC